AAGAGGGGACACGUGCAAACAAAGACAAGGAGUGACUGGGUUCUUACUACCUUUUUUUUGGAUUAUUUAACACUUCAGAGCGACUGACCUGAUUGCAGCCAGACAAGUCCAGGUGGAGAAGAUUGUGGCAGCCUCUUCCUAAACUCAGCCCUCCCAAGAGAAAAAAAGAGUGAGAGAGAAAGCUGCUGCUUUCAGCAUGCGCGUGACCUCCUCUUUCAUCGUGGUUUCACUGCUCCUGCUGCUGCUGUUGUUCCCGUUCAUGGAGAUGAAACGGGCGGGUAAAGGCAAAGGCCUCAAACGAGCGAGACAAAAGAUGGGACGGGACAGGGUGAAAGGCGUCGGUCGUCACAGCAGAUCCGACCCUCCGAAACCUGCCAACUGCACAGAAUCAUUGGAAUCCGGACAUGUUUUUGCAGAUUGUCAAGAACGUCGCCUCACUUCCAUUCCCAAACAUGAGAUUUGGUCCAGAGCACCCAAGUACCUCCUCUUAGCACGUAACAGGAUUAAGGUCCUUCGUGACGGCGCCUUCGCCGGGUACGAGAGUCUAACCAGUUUGGACUUGCAGCAGAAUCACAUCUCCUUGGUGGAGGAAGAGGCCUUCGAGGGUUUGACUCGACUCACAACUCUGCUACUCCAACACAACCGGCUGACUUCUCUAGGAGAGGAAGCCCUCAUCCCCAUGCCCAAUCUCCGCUAUUUACGCUUUUAUGAUAAUCCCUUGAAUUGUCACUGUGACAUGGACAGUCUUGUACAAACCCUUCAAGUCCCCAGCAACCGAAACUUGGGAAAUCAUGCUAGGUGUGCGGAGCCUCUCAGGCUCAAAGGCAUAAAGUUAAAGCGGAUUGACCCCGAGUUGCUUUGCAAGAAGUUUGACCCGGAUGAAAAGCCCCAGGGUGACCAGACCGACCCUAUAGACCCAGCGGAGCCCAGUCACUUUCAAAACAAACCAGAUGCUACUGCUUCCUGCCACAUUUAUUACUUCCCUCACGUACGUGUGGAUUGCAGUAACCGAGGUCUAACAGAGGUGCCUAUUGGAAUUCCUGAGGAAGCCGUCCAAAUAGAUCUUUCCCAUAAUUCUAUUCGCCACUUGAAGGCCAAGAGUUUCCAAGGAGCAAAGCAUCUGAAAACGCUCAACCUCAGCCACAACAACAUGGAGCGCAUUGAUACUGCUUCCUUGUACGGGCUGCUGCACCUCCGCGAGUUGGAUCUGUCCGACAAUAACCUGUAUUUUAUCCAGUACGGGGUACUUGAAGACCUCUACUUCCUGUCCAAGCUAAAGCUGGGGGGAAACCCUUGGCUGUGUGACUACAGCAUCCACUACAUGGUGUAUUGGCUAAAACUGCACCCAGUUGUGAGGCACUCCGGUCUACUGUGUCGCUCGCCUCUGGAAUACACGGGUGACAGAGUGGAGGACUAUGUACGCGCCUACAACCAAGGAUGUGUCAAAGACAGGCAGCAGAGUCAGCGAGACCCAACCGAGGAAGACGAGCUGCUUUGGAACUCCCUGGAAGAGGCGCAGGGUGAGCCAGAAGAGGAAAUUGAGCCUAGCCACUUGAUGCAACAUCAGAAGUAUCAAAUUAUCAGACUGUCUUGAGGGAAAAGGUUCCAAAAGGGUUUUGUUUACAACUCUCCCCACUUUCUAUGUUGUCAAAUAGUCUGUAUCAGAUGAAGAUUAUACUGUUGUGGUGUGUAAUCCCCCUAAAAUAUGGGAAUGAGCUUGAAUCAUUAAAAAAAAUAAAAAAUAAAAAAAUUACAAAGGCGAGUUUGUAGGUUUACCUCUUUGGCUGCCUUUGACGGUGAUGGAUGUCAAAUCCAUGGUGCUAAAACAGGGGCUGGUAAACUAUUCCACAAAGGGCCACAGUGGGUGCUGGUUUUCGUUGCGACCCAUUAACCCCGGAAUCCCACUCGGUCCGUGUGCGCUGCACUCAGCUCCAAUGCAGACCACUUGAGAUGCCCAAUGCCCACUGCAUAUGAUUCUCAUGCAGGCCGUACACCCACCGGACUCUAUACGCGCAUGUGCAAGAUGGAGGAGACUACAUGAUCAGAUCAACACAAAGUUUAUUAUUGUGACAGUAUUUUCAGAAAAAAACAAGCAUACACAUGAGCCAAAAAUGCACAAAGGCCAAUAGUACAGUUUAGCUACAGUUAAAAUCCGUUCAACAAAACACAACAAACCGCCAACGCAACCAACCCCCCCCAACCCCCAAUAAAUCCAUGCAUGCGCGCACACACACACAAUCAUAGUAUAGCACUUGCAAGAAUUGGCAGCGAAAAUUAGCUUCAGUAAAUCAGCACAGAAGUCUAGCUCACUUUUACGGUUUAUUUUUCUCCGCACUCUCUCAGGUCCUACCAGUAACCCACUAAUGGGAGCAUUGCGUUGCCGCAUCAAAAGCACCAAUAGGAGGGUCGCGCUGAUACACCAUUGAGUUGCCGACAAUAUUCCUAGUAACGCUAAACAGCUCCCACCUAGCCAGUUAUUUGUCCUCAGCAACUGGAGCUUCCAGAAUGUUAUCCCGGCUCCGCUCGUCUGUGUGGCUGUCGCGUGUUUGGUGGGGCUCACGUGUGGCUGGAUGUGAUUGGGCGCGCCCGGGUGGGGGGUCCCGGUGCCGGGAUCGGCGAUGGGGCGGCGUAGGGUCGGUCGCCAACGGGCUUACACUCACAAGGGAUUCAAACGAUUAUUGAGUUCUAGAUCACAGAGCUGAUGUGUGUACACUCUACCCCUUUCAAUCACUUAGCUUAUAGACUCCUCCACCUCCAUCCCCCUCUUUCCCUGGUCAACAGGCCCCCCACAUUGUGUCAACCGGAAAUACAUCCAGCUGACAAUAGCACCAACAUAUUAGUAGUUAGUGUAGGCAUUCAAUGUAUUUGUUGUUGUUGUUUGUGUUUCUUUUCUUUCUUCUCUUGUGUUUCUUUUCUUAUGUUCCCCAUAACCCCCCUCCUAACCAUAACCCUAACGAGGUAUGUUGAAAUGAUCACAAUGGGAGUAUGUCAUACUCUCAAUGUGAAACUAACGGGGCACUUAGACUUCCAUUCUCGCGUCAAACAGCUGAAGAGGACAGGUUUAUUAAAAAAAAAAAAAAAAAAAAAAACAA